AUGACAGAUAACAACAAUAAAUAUACAACAAACACCCCUAAAACUUAUGAAGUUAGGUAUGUGGAAAACAAACAAAAAUUUCUCCUCGCCAACCAAAAAUAUCGGGCUAAAUUAAAAAGUAAAAAACCUCCCAAAAAUCCCUCACUUUUUCAACAAAAAAAGCAACAACGACUUUUAAAGUUAUUAGUUAAUCAGAAAAGUUUUGUUCCCCCAAAUUAUUCCGUUGCGGUUAUAUUACUUCCCCUAAAAAGCAUAUUCGCAUACCAGUUCCUAUUAAAGACCUGCAAGGCCAAAAAAACCGGCACGCUUUACUUUCAAGGAGAAAAAAUUGGCGAUGCUAAAUUAAGCGGUGAGGUAAUGCUUCCCGGCCAAACUUAUUAUGAUAAAGAAGCAAAUGUUGCGGAAUUCUUGGCUUUUUUAAAGCAAAUUAGUGGUAUUGAGUAUAAAUCUAUUAGUCAGCAUUUUAUUUGGCAAAAAAUCAUUACUGAAAAUGAUUAUACACCAUUAAUUAAACAAAAUUCUUUUAUUUCCGCUCGGGAACCACCAGGGAAGUGGAGAAAUAACCUUUCCAAAAUAGUUAAUUAUUAG